CGUGGUGGUCUAUUUCUCCAUGGAGGAGUGGGAGUAUGUAGAAGGACACAAGGAUCAGUACAAGGAUCAGGUCAUGAUGGAGGAUCAGCAGCCCCUCACAUCACCAGUCAGAUCCAGUAAGAGAACAGCACCAGAGAGGUGUCCCCGUCCUCUUCUUCCCCAGGAUGAUCAGGGAGAAGAUAUGAACAAUAUUAAUGUUCCAGAGACAGAUGUGAACAGUAAUGAGCAGUAUAAGGAGGACAUUCUUACAUGGAAAGAAAAUGCCACAGACAUAAAGGAAGAAGAAGAGACCGAUGUUAGCGGUGAUGAGCAGUAUAAGGAGGACAUUCCUACAGGGAAAGAAAAUACUACAGACAUAAAGAAAGAAGAAGAGACAGAUGUUAGCGGUGAUGAGCAGUAUAAGGAGCACAUUCCUACAGGGAAAGAAAAUACUACAGACAUAACGAAAGAAGAAGAGACAGAUGUUAGCGGUGAUGAGCAGUAUAAGGAGCACAUUCCUGCUGGAAAAGAUCUGAUCUAUAGUAAUACUACAGACUUAAGAGAAGGAGAAGACACAGAUGUGAGCAGUGAUGAGCAGUAUAAGGAGGUCAUUCCUACAGGGAAAGAUCUGAUCUAUAGUAAUACUACAGAUUUAACGGAAGAAGAAGACACAGAUGUGAGCAGUGAUGAGCAGUAUAAGGAGGACAUUCCUACAGGGAAAGAUCUGAUCUAUAGUAAUACUACAGACUUAAGAGAAGAAGAAGAAGACACAGAUGUGAGCAGUGAUGAGCAGUAUAUGGAGGACAUUCCUACAGGUAACCACUCAGAUUCUUGUACCAGGAGAUCAGAGGAGAAUCUUAUAUCUUCAGAUUAUAAAGCAGAUGAUGAUAUCACACAAGAUACAUAUGAAGAACAUUCCAUUAUCCCAGAUACACCCUCAGCCCUUCACAGCCAAGAUCUGUCAUCUCAUCCUUAUAUACAGGUCCUGUCUUCUCAGUCAUCACAGGAUGUUCAGCAUAAAGAAAGUCAUAGAAGGGGUGUUGGACAACAACGAGCUCAUACAGGAAAGAAACCAUAUUCAUGCUCAGAAUGUGGGAAAUGUUUUACUAAGAAAUCAAAUCUUGUAGUACAUCAGAGAACUCACACAGGAGAGAAGCCAUUUUCAUGUUUAGAAUGUAGAAAGUGUUUUACUGAUAAAUCAAGUCUUCUUAGACAUCAAAGAACUCACACAGGGGAGAAGCCAUUUUCAUGUUUUCAAUGUGGGAAAUGUUUUACUCGGAAAUCAAGUCUUGUUCAACAUACAAGAACUCACACAGGGGAGAAGCUGCUUUCAUGCUCAGAAUGCGGGAAAUGUUUUACUAAGAAAUCACAUCUUGUUCAACAUACAAGAACUCACACAGGGGAGAAGCCAUUUUCAUGUUCAGAAUGUGGAAAAUGUUUUACUGACAAAUCAAGUCUUGUUCAACAUCAAAGAAUUCACACAGGGGAGAAGCCAUUUUCAUGUUCAGAAUGUCGGAAAUGUUUUGCUUCGAAAUCAGAUGUUAAUCGACAUCAAAGAACUCACACAGCGGAGAAACCAUUUUCAUGUUCAGAAUGUGGGAAAUGUUUUCCUGGGAAAACAAAUCUUUUUAAACAUGAAAGAACUCACAGGAUGGAGAAGCUAUUUUCAUGUUCAGAAUGUGAGAAAUGUUUUACUAAUAAAUCAGGUCUUGUUGUACAUAAAAAAACUCACACAGGGGCAAAGCCAUUUUCAUGUUCAGAAUGUGGGAAAUGUUUUACUAAGAAAUCACAUCUUGUUCAACAUCAAAGAACUCACACAUGGGAGAAGCCAUUUUCAUGUUUACAAUGUGGGAAAUGUUUUACUCGAAAAUCAGACCUUGUUGUACAUCAAAGAACUCACACAGGAGAGAAGCUAUUUUCAUGCUCAGAAUGCGGGAAAUGUUUUAGUAAGAAAUCACAUCUUGUUCAACAUAAAAGAACUCAAGGGGAGAAGCCAUUUUCAUGUUCAGAAUGUGGAAAAUGUUUUACUUGCAAAUCAAAUCUUGUUACACAUCAAAGAACUCACACAGGGGAGAAACCAUAUUCAUGUUCAGAAUGUAGAAAGUGUUUUCUUGACAAAUCAAGUCUUCUUAGACAUCAAAGAACUCACACAGGGGAGAAGCCAUUUUCAUGUUUAGAAUGUGGUAAAUGUUUUACUCGGAAAUCAGACCUUGUUGUACAUCAAAGAACUCACACAGGGGAGAAGCCAAUUCAGAGCAUAAGGUGUCAGGACGUGGCGGUCUAUUUCUCCAUGGAGGAGUGGGAGUAUGUUGAAGGACACAAGGAUCAGUACAAGGAUCAGGUCAUGAUGGAGGAUCAGCAGCCCCUCACAUCACCAGUCAGAUCCAGUAAGAGAACAGCACCAGAGAGGUGUCCCCGUCCUUUUGAUGAACAGAAUAUGGAGAAUAAUACUACAGGGAAAGAUCUGAUCUAUAAUAAUGCUACAGACAUAAAAGAAGAAGAAGAGACAGAUGUGAGCAGUGAUGAGCAGUAUAAGGAUGACAUUUCUACAGAGAAAGAUCUGAUCUAUAAUAAUGCUACAGACAUAAAGGAAGAAGAGACAGAUGUGAGCGGUGAUAAGCAGUAUAAGGAGGACAUUCAUACAGGGAAAGAUCUGAUCUAUAUUAAUGCUCCAGACAUAAUAGUAAAAGCAGAAGAGACAGAUGUGAGCAGUGAUGAGCAGUUUAAGGAGGACAUUUCUACAGGUAACCACCCAGAUUCUUGUAGCAGGAGAUCAGAGGAGAAUCUUAUAUCUUCAGAUUAUAAAGCAGAUGAUGAUAUCACACAAGAUACAUAUGAAGAACAUUCCAUUAUCCCAGAUACACCCUCAGCCCUUCACAGCCAAGAUCUGUCAUCUCAUCCUUAUAUACAGGUCCUGUCUUCUCAGUCAUCACAGGAUGUUCAGCAAAAUAAAGGUCACAGAAGGGGUGCUGGACAUCAACAAGCUCAUACAGGAAAGAAACCAUAUUCAUGCUCAGAAUGUGGGAAAUGUUUUACUUUUAAAUCAGGUCUUGUUACACAUCAAAGAACUCACACAGGAGAGAAGCCAUUUUCAUGUUCAGAAUGUGGGAAAUGUUUUACUCUGAAAUCAGACCUUGUUGUCCAUCAAAGAACUCACACAGGAGAGAAGCCAUUUACAUGUUCAGAAUGUGGGAAAUGUUUUGCUCUGAAAUCAGUUCUUGUUAAACAUCAAAGAACUCACACAGGGAAGAAGCCCUUUUCAUGUUCAAAAUGUGGGAAAUGUUUUACUCAGAAAUCAUGUCUUGUUGUACAUCAAAUAAUUCACUCAGGAGAGAAGCCAUUUUCAUGUUCAGAAUGUGGGAAAUGUUUUGCUCUGAAAUCAGUUCUUGUUAAACAUCAAAGAACUCACACAGGAGAGAAGCCAUUUUCAUGUUCAGAAUGUGGAAAAUGUUUCACUCAGAAAUCAGACCUUGUAGUACAUCGAAGAAUUCACACAGGAGAGAAGCCAUUUUCAUGUUCAGAAUGUGGGAAAUGUUUUGCUCAGAAAUCAGAUCUUGUUAAACAUCAAAGAACUCACACAGGGAAGAAGCCAUUUGCAUGUUCAGAAUGUGGGAAAUGUUUUGCUCAGAAAUCAGUUCUUGUUAAACAUCAAAGAACUCACACAGGAGAAAAGCCAUUUUCAUGUUCAGAAUGUGGGAAAUGUUUUACUUUUAAAUCAGGUCUUGUUGUACAUCAAAGAACUCACACAGGGGAGAAGCCAUUUUCAUGUGCAGAAUGUGGGAAAUGUUUUACUCGGAAAUCAACUCUUCUUCAGCAUCAAAGAACUCACACAGGGGAGAAGUAAAUUCAGAGAAAUAAAUGAUGCAGAUAACACAUCUAUAUAUUAUCCAUGUACAUAGGAUAUCUGACAUUUAUACAUAUAUCAUAUACUGCAUCUCCAAACUUGUUACCAAUUGUUAAUAAAAGUUUUCUUUCUUAUAUGAUUUAUUAUUCUUAUAUUCAUCUCCGCACACUGGACUUAUAAUAAAUGUAAUAUUGUCCCUGACGUUGUAUAUAGGGAAUGU